UCCCAGGCUCCCCUCCAAAGAUUUCAAAAAUGGAGCCUCUUACAACUACUUAUCCUCUGAAAUACUCAGUGACCAAAGCCAGGGUCAUUGUGGUCUUUCUGUCAGUGUUUUUGUGUACCACCAUUCUCUGCCUGCUACAACUCAGAUUUUUUAAACCUAAAAUCAAAGAUUUUUAUUCUUUUGAAGUCAAGGAUUCACGAGGAAGGAACAUUUCCUUGGAGAAGUACAGAGGGAAAGCAACUUUAGUUGUAAACGUGGCCAGUUACUGCCAAAACACAGACAAAAAUUACAUCGCACUGCAAGAGCUACACAGAGAGUUUGGUCCCUCCCACUUCACUGUGCUGGCAUUUCCCUGCAACCAGUUCGGAGAAUCAGAGCCUAGUUCAAGCCAGGAAAUAGAAUCUUUUGCCAAAGGAAACUAUGGAGUAACCUUCCCUGUUUUCCACAAAAUCAAGAUCCUCGGAUCAGAAGCAGAUCCCGCCUUUAAAUUUCUAAUAGAUUCUUCAAAGAGAGAGCCCCGAUGGAAUUUCUGGAAGUACCUUGUCAGCCCUGAGGGUAAAGUUGUGAAAUUCUGGAGACCCGAAGAGCCGGUACAAAAUAUCAAGCCAGAAGUAGCAGCAUUAAUCAGGCAGAUUAUCAUGAAAAAAAGAGAGGACCUCUGAAAAAGCAUUUAUACUGUGAAUCUCUUCAAUAGCAUGGAUAUACAGCCUUUGUACAUUCCUGGGAAAUGUUGCUAGAAGCUAAACCAUCAGGUGAUUUUACUUCUCUUUAGUGUUGGUAUUUGCAACCAAUAUGGUUGGUGAUGUGUCUAUUAAUGCUGGAUUUGACCCUGCAACAGCCUUGAGAAGGCUGAGAUGGCAAGACACUAAGUACCUUGCAAGGAUGGAACCUUCAAUCUACAGUCGGUUUCUGAAUGUUGCCUUUUUUUUUUUUUUUAAUUGCUGUUAACUGCUAAUUGCAAUUGUCAACAGCAGGGGGAUAGCUAGAAAGAUGAUUUAUUAAUAAAUUUCUCAGUAUUUGCACAGGUUUCUUUCCCAUCUACCAGUAACAAACAGAUUUUGAUAUUCCAUUAAUACAUAUUUGCCCUCUCUGAAGCACAUGGGGCCCAGAGGCAUCCACAGCAGGAAUUUUAGAGAAAAAUGUAACUGAAGAGACCAGCUUUACAGCAAUCUCUCAAGAAAGACUACAGAACUGUGAAGCUGUCAGUUGUAAAAAAAUUGUACAUAGAAAAUGAAAUUAUUAAAUGUAAAAGAAAAAAAUUGCAGAAAUAUUUUCUUACCUACUUUAGGUUUUGAUUCAUUUUACAUUUCAGCUUUACAGCAACACCUUUAAACUCUUUAGCCAUCUCUAUACAUUCGCACCAUGGUACAGUGCCUUGACUAUGAGCUUCUCUCCUCUUGGAUUCCUGGUCUUCUGACCUGGAUGAAGGCAAAGCCUGCGUGAAUAUACAUAGUUGCUUACAAAAGGAUUUAAGGUGCAAUGAAAAUCAAGAGUCUGGGAUUCUCACAAGUGUCUUUCUGAGACAGUCCAAGACAAUACUCCCCAGCCAUCUAUCUACCUACCUACCAUCUCUAGCAUAAAAAACUAGUCUUCAUGCAGAGGUAGAAGAACGCGGUGAAGGUUCAUGGUUCCAGCUCUACUCUUCUCACCUUGCAAUCUCCCCAGUCCUGCAUGUAACUGCAAACCCAUUUCCGGUUCUGCUCCACUGUUCUAUUACAAACUGCUAAGUGUUUUGAUCUACCUGUUUGAAAAAGGGAGAUAGUAAAUUUAAAUAAGAAAUGUCACUUUGGAUGUCCAACUCCUAAUGGAGGGUUGAGAGAAUAGAAAUGAGAGAAACCUAUGUCUUGGAAGUUUUCUACAUGAGAAGGAUGGAUAGCAUUAGUGCUGUUGUCUUGUAAGACUAACUGAAAAUAACUAAAGUGCUUCCAUCAAUACUGACAAACAUCAUUUUGGAACAGAACUCAAACCUUGGCAAUUUUAGCCACUCUAACUUUCAGAGACCAGCCAAGGAUUAUGCAGAAGAUCUUAUUAGUCAAAAUCAGCCUGCUGUUGUUGUUUUAGACCAGCCUCUGAGCUAUUUGCCAUUAUCCCACAAGACUCCACAUCAAAUCUGUCAAGACAGUUCCUGUUCUUAUUCUGAGGUUUUGUAUUUUACUCCAGUCUCCUCCUGCAUGUGCAGUUCCAGCCUUGAGAACAUUUAGUGGAACAUAUCAGGUGAUUUUUGUCUCAUGUCUCUGCUGCUUUGAUGGAGCAGAAAGGGAAUUCAGAUAAGGACCGUCUGCCCUCACUGGGAGUAACCUGCAUUCCAUGGAACUAAGUGGAAGGACACAAUACUUUUCCCAUAAAGGGUGAAUAUCUUAACUUGAAAACACUCACAUCUAAAAUAGGCAUGUCAACUCCUGUGUACUCCUAUAGCUCCCUGAUUUUUUGUAUCACCGAAUAAGAAAGGCUUAGGUACAAAGAAAUUUUGGGUGAUGUUACUGUAACACCUAAAAAAAGGUCUAUUUUAGUCCUGGUAUUGCCUUAGAGUUAUUUAGUGUGUGGGAAAUUUCACUUGGGUUCCUAAAAUCCCUAUAAAGGAUAAACAUAGCAGUAUCAUUUUCUAGUUUGGAAAGGAUCAGGAGGGAAGGGAAUGUGCACACCUUGCUUGUGACUCACUCACUAAAGGACACUGCGUAAUCUUAAAUAUCACAAUGCCAGCAUUAAGAUCAAAUGUCUUUCCCAGUAUUCAGAAAUAGCAUGUGAUAUUAGCCAGUGAGUGGACAGAAUUAUUUAACUCACUCCUACCUGAAUAAAGUUUACUAUGGAGUCCUAGAAGAAGAAUGUUUUGUCUGAUAACACAGUCAUGGAAUUUCUCAUUUCACUGUUUGGUCACAAUCCACUACAACCAUUUUCUGUAGAAAUUUGAAUAUAAGUACCAUUCUGUCCUGAACCUAUGCAAUUUAAGUUUUUCAAAAUUUACUGUUAAUUAGCAUUCGUCCAAAAACUCAAUGUGUUUGUAUUACUUAUACGUCUUGAGACAUGCCAGCUCUUCCAAUAUAAUAUUUAGGGCAGAUCAU